GUAUCAGCUGAUUUUUGUCACAAAACAAUGAAUUUGUAGCAGCCAAUAAGUAGCAAAGAGUUGUCAACCAAAGAUUCUGACACUUUAUUUUCACAUUUAUCUUGGUCACAUUUCCUAAAUAAAACUUAGUGUCUCAAUUUAAGACCCCCUCCAGAGAAACUUAAGUUUGUUCUUCGCAGUGUAACAGUGACAGACUUAAAAGUACAGAUUUAGAUUUCCAGGGUGUCAUACAUAACAAACGUAAAGAAUCAACCUUGUAAACUUGCAGGAGUGUAAUUACUCUUCUUUAGAAUUGGCUUGAAUAUGUGUUAAAGUAGAUUGUUUUUUUUUUUUUUAAGGAAAAGAAACUUUAAUGUGUCACUAAAUGAAAUAAGUGUUUUUGGAAGUCAUAUAUUUGUGUUAAAUAUAAUAUAAAAAGUCCAGUAUCAGUGGGUGACUUCAGAUCUGAUACCUUGCCACAUAUCAGAAGCUAAUAAUACAGUUUACUUGCACUGAAAUACAUUAUGAGAGCAUCAAUUAAGAGUAAGAUUAAGAUGACAACUAUUUCCAAACAUAAAUAUAGAUAUUUAAAACAAUAAUUACAUAUUGACUUAUGCAGUGGUGGCACAGCAGAAGGUAGCACUGUUCAUUGUUGAUGAACUUUAAUAUACAAUGUAUGGUAAUUAAGUGGAGAAGGUUAGUCUUACAAUGUUUGCUUUUCAAAAAAUAACGCUUAUGUAUGACUAAAAUAAUUAAAUCAAUGCAUUAUGCUCAUAGACUAUAAUAACGCUAAAAUAUAUAGAGCUUUACUACACAGUAUGAUUCUGCUUAUGGUGUACACGCGCGUGCACAGCCGUUUGGAGGUUGAGGAACAACAGGUAGUUCUGGAAAAGAGGCCGUCUGGAUAAACAUGCACGAACCGGGAGGAUUCAGCAUUGAGGACAUGAUUACACCGGUGAAAGAAGGUGGAGAAAUGCAGGAGCCCAAGGUUGAGCAGCUGAUGGGCAAACUAAGGAAGCUUCAACAAGGUAAAAGUGCCCUGGAAGAAGAAAUUAAAGAGCUCAAAUCUGUCAAUGAAUCGCUGCAGAAGGAGCUAGAAACGCUACAAACUGAAGCUUACCAACUGGAGGGAGACCUUAAAGAAAAAGAAGAGGUCUGCAGCAAGCUGCAGUUCCAUUGUGAAAAGUCUGAGCAGGACUCUGCCAGACACUUACAGCAGAACAAGAAAAGUGAGGAACUGCUGGAGCAGCAUCGAUGUGAAAUCCAGGAACUGAAGCUGAAGCACCGGAAGCAGCGCAUGAGAUUUGAAAACCAGCUUCAUCAACUGAUAGAGCAGCACAAGAAUCUGCACUCUGUCUUUACUCCAGAGAGACUCCCAGAUGAAAUAGAAACUGCCACAAAUGCCAAAGGUCAGCUCUUAUCAGCUGAAAAACUUAAGUUGGCUCAGCUACUCAACCUGGAUGAGGAGCUGGAAGAGGUGAGGAGACAGAAGCAGUCAGUGACGGAAGCUACAGAGACUCAGGAGGAGUAAAACUGCAUGUUCACUGCUAGUUUUAAUGAGUCAGAGGUAGCAGUUCCUUGUUUUUUACCAGCUAGUUGCACUUUGACUACUUAUCCUUCUUGUCAUGUGAAAAUAAUAAAUCUUCCAGUUGUCUGCCCCUGGCUUUCAUCAGCCUGAGGGCUGCAGAAUCCUCACGCAGUCAUAACCUGAAUGUUUACGCAACUGACACCCAAUUCACAUGUUUGUAUGCUGAAAUGUUAAGUCCUCUGUCUUUGUUACCUGUUCUCUGAGGCACCGGCUUGUUUUUUUGUUAUCUAGUUUGUUGCUGGAAAUUCUGCCGUUGAUUUAUGCAUGAAAUCUGAAAUAUUUUUCAUUUUGUGACUGGUGAGUGGUGUUUUUAAGAUAUGGAGAUACCAGUUGUAGUCUCCUGUAUGGUACUAUUUAUAUAAUAUUGUGUACUGAUUUAAGUGUGUUCAUUUAUUUAGAAGUUCAAAGCUUUUUAAUUAUAAUAAUUGUAAUGAAA